AUGGCGGGCAAGUGCUCACCUCCACUCUCUCUCCCUCCUCCCAACUCCGCUCUCCUCCCUCCCUCUCGCUUCAAGAUUGCAUCUUUCGCCUCCCAUGGCCUUCGCCCUUCCCAUUCCCUCCAAGCCUCUCGGUUGUUUUCAAAAGGGCGGGGUUUUUCUCGCUCUUUCAAGCCAUAUUUUGCGGCGUCUAGCGAAGGGAUUGGCUCUUCUGAUUCAAUUUCCGUUGUUGCAAUCCCUUCUGAACCUCAAGUUCGUACCAGCUUCUGGAAUUGGCGUGGUUAUCGCAUUCGUUAUCAAUUUUCAGGAGAGACCGGACCGGCAUUGGUUUUAGUUCAUGGUUUUGGAGCAAAUAGUGAUCAUUGGAGAAAAAAUAUCUCUUUCCUUGCAAAAUCAAGUAGGGUUUUUUCAAUAGACCUUAUUGGCUACGGGUAUUCAGACAAACCAAAUCCGCGGGAUUUUGAACAGGAUAGCUUCUAUACAUUCGAGACAUGGGCUGCCCAACUAAAUGACUUCUGUGAAGAGGUGGUCAGAGACAGGGCAUUCUUUAUUUGCAACUCAAUUGGAGGAGUUGUUGGUCUUCAGGCAGCUGUUCUGAAACCUCAGGUCUGCAAGGGUAUUGUACUGCUAAAUAUUUCCUUAAGGAUGCUUCAUAUCAAGAAGCAGCCUUGGUAUGGUCGUCCAUUUAUCAAAUCAUUUCAAAGUAUCUUAAGAAAUACAGCCUUGGGAAAGCUGUUCUUCAAUGCUGUUGCAACUCCAGAAUCUGUUAGAAGCAUUCUUUGUCAGUGCUAUCAUGACACAUCUGCAGUAACAGAUGAAUUAAUUCAGAUUAUCCUUCAGCCAGGACUUGAACCUGGUGCAGUUGAUGUGUUUCUUGAGUUCAUCUGUUAUUCAGGUGGACCUUUACCGGAAGAACUGAUUCUCCAAGUAAAUUGCCCAGUUUUGGUGGCUUGGGGAGAUAAAGACCCAUGGGAGCCGGUUGAACUCGGAAAGGCAUAUGCCGAUUUUGAUACAGUGGAUGAUUUUGUUAUCCUUCCUGAUGUUGGUCACUGCCCACAGGACGAGGCACCGCAUCUUGUCAAUCCUCUUAUCGAAAAAUUUGUUGCUUGCCAUACUGCAUAAAAACAGAUAAUUUAGCUGCGAUCAUUCUUUUGGUCCAUGUUGAUUGUAAUGAAAUCGACGUCUCACUGACAUUGUUGCUGAUCUUCUUGCAUUCAUAUACAGAAAAAGCUACAGAGAAACACCGAAUUGAAAUGGAAAGAUCUCAGGUUUGAUUAUUCGAGAUUAUAAUCUUAACUACAGCACUAAUUUCACUGGAAUGCUCUAUUAUGUGAAUGAUUAAGCCUCAUUUACAUUAAUGAUGAUUAUAAUGAAAAUUUACAGUUCUGUUUC